UGUGUUUGUAACAAGCUAAACUUUAUGCAAAUUUAUAUCUUUAAAUAUCGAUGCUCAGAAGAAAUACACCAUAUCGGCUACAUCCUUCUAGUAGAGUUAGAAUCUCUCCCAUAGAAUAAAAGGUAUAAUUAGCUACACCAUGGAAACCCUCAUUGAUGCAAACACUGAAUUUGGUAUGGAUCUUUUAAAAACACUGAUGAAAGACAAUCCUGACGGAAACAUCUUCUAUUCUACAUUGAGUAUCGCUGCAGCUCUGAGCAUGGUCCUUCUUGGUGCUAGACAUAAUACUGCUCAGCAGAUGGAAAAGGUCCUUCACUUCACUGAGAUCACUGGAUCUAAAUGCUCUAAGGACUCUCCUGUUUCUGGGACGAAGUGUGACAAACCUGGAGGACCGCAUGAACAGUUUAAGACAUUGUUAUCUGCCAUCAACCAACAUAGCAAAGAUUAUGCUUUGAGUAUGGCCAACAGGCUGUAUGGAUCAAACACUUACAACUUCCUACAGCAAUACCUAGAUUGUACAAAGGAGCUGUAUCAUGCUGAGCUGGAAAGAGUUGACUUUAGGAAUUCAACAGAAGAAGUUAGAAAGAAGAUUAAUUCUUGGGUUGAAAGCCAAACAAAUGGCAAAAUCAAGGACCUCUUUGCUAGUGGAAGUAUUGACCCAAGAGCUGUCUUGAUCUUAGUGAAUGCCAUAUAUUUCAAAGGAAAGUGGAAGGUGGAAUUUAAUAAAAAGGACACACAUGAAGAACCUUUUUGGACUAGCAAGAACAAGAGCAAACAAGUACAAAUGAUGUUCCUGAAGGAUAAAUUUAAUCUGGCUAAAAUAAAUAAUCCAUCUAUGGAAAUCCUUGAGCUUCCUUAUCAUCGGGAUGAACUAAGUAUGUUUAUUCUUCUGCCAACUAAUAAAGAAGCUCAAGACCAGCUUGAAAGAGAACUCACAUCUAUAAAGCUGAAAGAAUGGACCAGUUCAGCAAACAUGAAAAAGGAAAAAAUGAAUGUUUUUAUACCAAAGUUCAAACUGGAAGAAAAAUAUUUACUCAAAUCAGUCUUACAAACCAUGGGGAUGACUGAUGUGUUUGUGGAGGGCAAAGCUGACUUAUCAGGCAUGUCAAGAAACCAUGAACGUAAUCUGAUUGUGUCCAAAGUCAUUCAUAAAGCUUAUAUUGACAUCAAUGAAGAAGGUACAGAGGCAGCUGCCUCUACUGGUGUAGAAGUGGUUCCAGUGAGUGUGGAAUUGCUUCCAGAAUUUAGAGCUAACCACCCCUUCAUUUUCUUCAUAAAACAUAAUGAAACUGGGAGCAUCCUGUUCAGUGGUAGAUAUUCCUCACCAUAACUGAUAACCGAUGCUGAAAUCACAGCAAACUUCUUCAUUUGUUAACUGUGCUGAAAGAUAUAAACAUACGUCAAUUUCUAGCAUAGGCAGACUUUACUCUCUUUAAAAAAAUCACAUAAUCUUAAACUUAAUCUCUCCUGUACAUACAUAGGCAUAUGUACUUUUAAACUAUUCAUUACUUACAUGUCUGUGUUCCUCUUUUUCCCAUUUAAAAGAGAAAUAGUGUGUAUAAUACUGCAAGUACACUUAGCUCUGUUACAUUAACCCCACCUGGCACCUGUAUUCAGCCAAGCUGCUGGUUCUGCCAUGCUACAAGGGCUGAUUCUCAUGAUGGUUGCAGCUGCAGUGACUGCAAAAUUUGCUGGGAAUUAUUUCCAAGUCAUACAAGCUUAGCAGGGCUAACAAAAUGUAAAAUACCAGAGCUUAUCGCACCGCUAAAAAUUGUGGCUUACCUCUCCAGAGUUGAAUUCUAAUUCAGAAGGCAGCUGGGUUCUAUCACACAUAAUUCACCACCGAAUCUGAAGGAUGAAUACAGCCCAGAUCCAGCCCGAGUCCAAAGAGUGCUCAGCAAGUUGCUUUUCAAGGACCCAGGUUGCAUCAAGGCUGUAUUCAGCCAAUGGAUUCAUCGGCAAAUUAUGUGCAAUAGAACCUGGUUCCCUUCCAAAAUAGAAUUCAACUUGGGAGAGGUGAGCUAAGUUUUUUUUUAGCAGUGUGAUAAACUCCAUCUUGUGAGAGAUUUUUGGUCUCACAAGAUCUUAAAAGUCAUAAAUUGACCUGAGCACUGGCCUUGGUCUCUUUUCAUGGCUGAACAUGGUAUACCAUACCACCAUCCUCAGAAGCUUGUGCAUUCUUAGGCAUUGGCUGGUCACCUAACAUUGCCAGGAAGGAAUUUUGUCAUCUCAUGCUUUUCACCUUCCCUAGGGAUUACCCAUGGGGACAGGCUUCUUGAAGUUACUGGUUAGACUAUUACUGUUUUUCAUGACGGUUUGGAACUUGGAUAUACUUCUUUUGUCAUAAUUGGUAGUGUGUAUUAAAGUGUGUGAGAGAAGACCAAAUUGGGGGUAAUAAAGUCUUGCAGUGGGGAAGGGGUGGUUUCUGGAGAACUCUUACCAGUUUUAGGGAACUGAAGGAUGUCUCCUUUGUGGGUGGCCUUCUACCCAUUCACACAAAUUGGUGGCAGGUGUCUCUUAAUUGAGCCUGAGACAUGCUGUUCCAUUAGACAUUUGAAUAAUACGUGGAAAGAUGUAUUGGCAUCCUGCACUGUUCUCCUCUAGCUUUGCUUUUUGUUCCAUGCCUUCAAGUCAUGCCUAUUUACAGCAACCCUAAAUUCUAUCACCGAGUUUUCUAGGUGUGAUUUGUUCAGACUGGGUUUGCAUUCGCCUUCCUUUGAGUCUCAGAGAAUGUAACUUGCCCAAGUCACCAAGUGGGUUUCCAUGGCCACACAGGGAUUCAAACCCUUCUCCAGAGCUGUACUCCAAUGCUCAAACCAUUAUACCACCAGGGACGCAGCCAGAAUUUUGGGAAGGGGGGUCCAGACUAAGUGCCACCACCUUAGGUGCUCUCUCCCACUCACCUGCCCACCAACUCUUCCUUGUGGUGGCUGCCCAGGCGGAAAGAGGAGGAUCUGGACCCCACAGACCCCCCUUUCCCACUUGGCAACUUCCUGAAAGCACUCUGGUUCUCUACCUUAGAAUGUUUUAUUGUACUGUUAAUAAAUGCCACAUAUUUUACUCCA